AUGAUAGAAUUUUGAGAAAAACCUAAAAAUCUGUAUUAUCUUAGACUUUUUAAGGUUAAUUGUACUUCAAACAUAUUACUAAAGACUUCUUAUAGCCAGAAACACGGUGAUCAUGAAUCUCUUGAUAGUUUAUGUGAAGAAAAGAGCUGACAGUCUUUUUUAAUCGAGGAUCCAAAGAAGGAAGAUAAGAGUUUACAGAACGAAAGAGAAGGCAUUUCUAGAUUUAUCAACUACGGAAUAUGAUUAUGCCUGCUAUCAAAAGUGUUCUUUCUCAUCUCGAUAUCCUUGGUCAAGCACUUGUUUAUCAAAUAUGAACAUAUCUCUGGCUAUGAUUAUGUGCUUUUCAGAGGGGGUGCUUCAAUAUUAGUUGCACUGAUGGAAGUAAAAGUAUCCAACACUAAUGUUCUCAAGGUCCCAAGGAAGAUUAUGAUCGCUGUAAUAUUUAGAAUUCUUGCUGGAGGCAUUGGAGUUCCAAGUAUGUUUAUUGCAUUGAAGUACUUGCCAACUAGCCAAUGCCAUAUUAUCGUGAGCAUUAAUCCUUUGAUCGGAAGUUUUCUUGCAUACUGUUUACUUUCAGAGGCAAUUCAUUUUAGAAAUGCAGUCUUCUUAUUAGGUGCCUUCUGUGGGUGAUUGGUAUUGGCUACCAAUAAAACUGAUAUUGAAGGUUCUGAUAAUAAUGACAAUUUUACAUUGGGAGUAAUGCUCAGUUUGGUUGCUUUAGUUUUUCGAUCUCCUUCUGUUGUUUCAAUGAGGCAUAUCGCGAAAAAUGUUAACAGCACUUACAGUCCUUUUUAUUUCUCUGUUGGGCUCUUGAUAAAUUCAGUUAUAUUUUUAAUGUUUUUCAGAGAUAACUUUGGGUUUGAGUAUUACAAUCUUGAAAUAAUGUUACUCCUCGGAUUCAGUGCAGUUUCAAACUACUUUGCCCAAUCAUUAUUGAGUUUGGCUUCCAAAUAUGAAAAAGCAACAGUUCUAGCUCCAUUCUCUUAUGUCACCACCUGCAUGAUCCUUUUGAUAGACUUGUUCUUGUUCCAUUACAAGUUCAAGCCAAUCUACUUCCUUGGAUUCGGAAUAAUCUUGAUUUCUGUAGGAGGACCUUAUCUCUACAAACUCAAGAAGUAA